CCCACUUGUGCAAUCAAUCAGAGUGCUGCUUAUAAGAGCUAAUCCUGCUUUAUAAAGAGGGUCUUGCUAUACUGCCAGUGCACUGUGAGUGUAACAUUUUUCCUGUAGCGUCCAUCCAUACCAGCAAACAUGCCUGGAUACGCAAUUGUGUAUUUUAAUGCCAGAGGUCCGACAGCUUCUCUAACGCGGAGACAAUGGUCAAAGAUCCUGGUAAGCAGUGCCCCUUGCAUCGGAAACCACAUCCCCCUCCUAAAAUGCAGAGCCUUCAGAAAGAAAACCCUGCAGACCGCAAGGCCUUCCUCAAGGAGAACCACAUCUGCUACAGGUUCUGCUUUUCAAACCUCUCACCUCGCCAAGGACUGUAAGAUGUUUGGUCAACUUCCAGGAUUUAAGGAUGGAGACUUCACUAUGUAUCAGUCAAAUGCCAUUCUCCGUCAUCUUGCUAGGAAUCAUGGUAUUUAUGGAAAAACUCCCAUUGAGGCUGCACAGAUAGACAUGGUAAAUGAUGGAGUGGAAGAUCUCAGGCUGAAGUACAGCCAUCUCAUCUAUCAAAACUAUGAAAAUGGAAAAGAAGAUUAUAUUAAGGCUCUUGCCACUGAAUAUGGUCAUUUUGAGCGCAUCCUUUCAAAAAAUAAUGGUGGAAAAAGCUUUCUUGUGGGGGAUCAGAUAUCUUUUGUGGACUAUAACCUUGUUGACCUGCUCAUGAACCACCAGGUGUUGGCUCCAGACAGCCUCUCGGGAUUCCCUCUCCUAUCUGCCUAUGUUACCUGUAUCUGUAGCCGUCCUAAGCUUCAAGCCUUCCUUUCCAGUGAUGCCCACAAAAAAAGGCCAAUCAAUGGCAAUGGCAAGCAGUGAAAUGUGGUGAAAUCAGGCAAUGUUUAAUGUUGGGCUAUGUCUUCAGCAAUAAACAAAACACAACACAGCAA